AUGGGGAACCACACAAAAGUGACAGUGCUCAUCCUAGCAGGUCUGACUGAUGAUCCACAACUGAAGGCGGUGGUAUUUACCUUCCUGCUGCUCACCUACCUGCUCAGCAUCACCGGCAAUCUGAUCAUCAUCACACUCACCCUGCUGGAUACUCACCUCAAGACCCCCAUGUACUUCUUCCUUCGGAAUUUUUCCUUUUUAGAAAUUUCCUUCACAACUACAUGCAUCCCUAAAUUGCCGGUGAUGAUGGCAACUGGGGACAAAACAAUUUCCUAUAACAGUUGUGCAGCUCAAGUGUUUUUUGUCUUCCUUCUCGGAGCAUCUGAAUUUUACCUGCUGGCAGCCAUGUCCUAUGACCGCUAUGUUGCCAUCUGUAAGCCCCUGCAUUACACAGCCAUCAUGAGCACUAAAAUCUGCACACAGCUUCUCUUCUGUUGUUGGCUUGCUGGGUUCUUUACCAUCUUUAUACCUCUCCUCUUGGGCCUAAACCUUGAUUUCUGUGACUCCAACACUGUUGAUCAUUUCUAUUGUGACACAACUCUCAUGCAGAUCUCCUGCUCAGACACACGGCUCAUCGAGACAAUGGGAUUCAUUUCUGCUUCAAUGACCCUUGUGGUCACGUUAGUAUUGGUGAUAAUAUUAUAUACGUACAUCGCAUUAACAAUUCUAAAAAUCCCUUCAGCUAAUCAGAGGAAAAAAGCUUUUUCAACAUGUUCUUCUCACAUGAUUGUGAUCUCCCUUUCUUAUGGCAGCUGCAUCUUCAUGUAUGUUAAACCAUCAGUGAAACAGAGAGUAUCUUUUUCCAAAGGAAUUGCAGUGCUCAAUACCUCCGUUUGCACCACUUUGAACCCUUUCAUCUACACCUUACGGAACCAACAGGUGAAACAAGCGUUCAUGAAUAAUAUACGGAGGGUUGUUUCUCUCUCAAUCAAAUGA